GCCUAGUGUUGGAGGAGUGUUACAGUAUAUUGUACAUCACACAAGAUUCAGUAAAUUACAUUAUCGAGUUAUGUUAAAAAAUGGAACAUAAACAAUACAUGUAAUAUAAAGUAAAUCCUUUUUUUGUAAACGUAACAACCUGCCAUUUCCCGUUUUUUCAGUAAAUGGAGUUCUGUGAUGUUUCACCGUUAACAAGUAGGAAAGGCAAAAAGUCUAAAACGGCGUGGAAAUACGAAGAGACGUUUCUUGUGUUUACAAAGUAGCUAACAAUUGCAAAAGCCAUUUUUUCACGCACGACUGAUUUAAAAUAAUCGAAUUCGGGCAACUUUGCUUGAAACUCAAAUAGGCCGACUAUAAGAAAAAAGGAGGGGCGUCUGAAGAAGUCUGACGGCCUGCGAGGGAGCGAUCCGGGAUGACUGGGACAAAAUACUUGGAGACCUGCCCCAAAUGUCCUACAAGAACGCGCUACCUCGCCAGGCAUCUCACGAGUCAUCAUGGCCUUACGGGCGUUCAAAAGAAGCGUAUUUUAGUCGAGUGCAGACGUCAGAGCAACAGUAGUCCAGUAAAGGAUUGCAACUCGAAGGACACGGAGCGCGCGGAGAAGCGCUUGUGUCACGAAGGUAGCAUCGCAAAAGAAAUGGAUAAAAAUGUAGAUGUGAUGCAUCAGGCAGUGAUAUGCAGGCAAAACCCCUCUGUGCUGAUGAGUAGGUGUGACCCCCCUAAUGAAUUCGGUAGCAUCGAAACAAAACUGGCUAAAAUUACAGAAAAGCUGGAAGGAAUAGAUCAACGCUUAUUCUCUUUGGAGGCCAGAAUGACUAAACUAGAAGAACAGAAAAUGGAGGCUGCUGAAGAGCAGGUGUUACCCAACUCAUGUAGUAAGCAGGAAAGUCCCACAGACCCUUGUUGCCAGAUCAUCGAAGACGACCUUUGCAGAAGAUCACCAGAGGCUACUUUCCAAGUCGCAGAAGAUAUGGCUCAGUUUGGCCUUCAUCUUUUGGAAAACGGCACUUUGGUUUCAGACAAAGACUCGUCUAAAAUGAACGGUGAAGAUAUUCUGCCUAUUAAUGAGCACAUUAAGCAUGACCUGGAUUCACCUGCAGUGUCAGUGGACCUUAUGGGUCAGAGCCUUGUCAGCACUAAGGAGGAGGAUGCAGCUGUAAAAGCUGAGUCGUCUACAGGAGAUUUUUCUUCCACUGUUCCAGAGAAUAUUCUUACGGUGGGGUGUGCAGUUAAGAAUAUAUUUCCAAUGUGCAAAGUUAGCCUGCCUCGUCUGGAGAUUAACCAGCAGCAGUGUUGGUCUACACAUAGUGAGACUGGAGAAGUCGUCUAAAAAUAGGGGAAUCAAAGAAAAUUCUCGAGAACUUGGUGUUUUAUACAUGCCAAAACUGUGUGGGAAUGCCAUCUGUAAGUGAAACCACCAGUCGAGAAACAAAUGUUUACAUCAUGCGUUGACACCAAAAGUAUCAGCAGCAAAUUCACAGAAUGAAAAGACUGUACCGAUGUUCAUCUAUUUGAAAAAUCUUGAAUGGCACCAGGUACCUGACAUUAGAGGAAAACCACAUUAGUGUGUGAAGUGCGGACAACUUUAACAACACCAGAUAGUUCAUACAAAAGGAACGCAAUUCAAAAGAAGUUAAGAGACAAGGUGAAGGAACAAUCAGUGAUGAAGCGGGAGACACCGUUUGAACUGGUUUACAUUUGUGUUUUAGGUUGCACACUGUAAGUGUGCUUUGAUGUUCACGGUUAGCCCAUCUCUAGUUGGAUUUUGGGAAUAUGUUCAAGUAAGUCUGUUAGCUGUAAGCUUCGUAGAAUUGUAUGUUCUGAAUACCGUUAUGUUUUAACUUCACUUGAGGAGGUAGCUCCUACUGUACAAGCUGUUCUUUCCAUUUUAAAAGACUUCAACAGUCUGU